UCAAAUUGAGCCGGUUGAGGUUAUAUUUGAAAUGUCAGAUGCAGUCAGAUGUUAGUUAAACGUUGAAAUAACUCAAUAUGUCUUUGUACGACGAUUUUGACAAGCAUCGAACCACAGAGAAAGUUGCUGGAUGGUCUUCCGGCAUUAAAUUACUGCAAUCCCAGUUGCAGCUGAAAAAGGCUGCUACUACACAGCCAAAACGUGAACAAAACAGAAAAGCUUCUGCGGUAUUAGCACCAGUGAUAGACUUGAAGUCGAAAGCUAAUCGCGAUGUUGACAGAGAGGAUGACAGUACUCAUAACAAUCCAUUAUCCAGUGGCAACGUGAGCAACAUAGGAGUAGGUGGCGAAUUUGAUUGGAACGUAGUGAAUGAAUAUGAUCCUAUAUGGCCUAAUGAAUAUGAAAAAGUUGUAAAAGAAUUACGUGACAUCAGGGAUAGGGAACAUGAUCAAGAGACAGAAAUGCGCAAACGCCGGAGAGAUAGUACUCGCUUUGAAGACACUCAGACUGCUGGUGGAAACAGUGCAAUGAUACCUCCUGAAAGAGAUGAGGAGAGAACACCGACCUCGAGAGCUAUGGUAGGAGGCGCUGCUAUAGCACCACCACCGUCCUUACAAGAAUCUGCAGAAUUGCCACCUCCACCACCACGACAGCCAACUAAUUUGGGCUAUUCAACAUCGUCUGUAGCAGCAAAAAUAAUGGCUAAGUAUGGCUUUAAAGAAGGGCAGGGUCUUGGCAAGAAAGAACAGGGCAUGUCAGUGGCAUUGCAAGUUGUUCUCUUGCGCAACAUGGUUGGUCCUGGAGAGGUUGAUAACGAUCUUGAACCGGAAGUGAAAGACGAAUGCAACACUAAAUAUGGCGAUGUUGCACGUGUCAUUAUUCAUGAAGUGAUUGAAGCUUUACCAGAGGAAGCAGUACGAAUUUUUGUUGAAUUCAAGAGAAUAGAGAGCGCUAUUAAGGCCGUAGUUGAUUUAAAUGGACGUUUCUUCGGUGGUAGAACGGUCAAAGCAGGAUUUUAUUCUAGUGAGAAACUUGAUAAUUUACAAUUAAUGGAUUAA